AUGGGAAUUCGCUUGUUGAUUUUUAUGUGUCUCAUGAUUAUGAUUAGUGCGCUACCGAACCCUGAACAAAGAAACAGAAGAGAUGUGAUGGAUACAAUUAAGCAAGCUGGGGACGAGGUGGCGAAGACUCUGAAUGACGCUGGGGAUGCUGUAGUUCAGGUGUUCAAACCAACAGAGAAAAACGUUUUAGACAAAAUGGCGGAUGGAAUAAAGGGACUUGCUGAUUAG